AUGAUAAGGCCUAACAAUGCCUUUGUGGUUCAAGUGCUCAGUCAGUAUAUGCAUGCACCUAAGGUUUCUAACAUGGAAGCUGCCCAAAGAGUGGUGAGGUACAUAGAAAAUGCUCCUGGACUUGGACUGCUUAUGCCUGCAAAAACAAGAAAAUCUCUAUCUUCAUACUGUGAUUCUUAUUGGGGGGCUUGUUUAGUGUCAAGGAGAUUAGUGACAGGCUAUGUAGUGAAAUUUGGUGAAGCACUGAUAUCAUGGAAGUCAAAAAACCAGGGAACUAUGUCCAGGAGCUCUGCUGAAGCUGAAUUUUGA